AUAAAGCAUGUUGUGCGUGCUUGAUUUGUUGACAAACAGAUUACUAGUGAAGUAAUGUAAAUUUCGGGAUUUUUGAAUAAUGUCUGAUUCAGAUGAGGACUACGUUGAAUAUGGAACUCCUCUAGACCCUUUAGAUGAAGAUGCUGUUCCCAAGAAAAAGCCAUUCAGGCUGGAAGAAAUUGUUGCUAGGAAUAGCAAACAGAGGUUUCAUGGAGCUUUUACUGGAGGUUUUUCUGCUGGUUUCUUUAAUACUGUUGGCUCAUUGGAAGGAUGGACACCAUCAACCUUCAAGUCCUCUCGAUCAGACAAGGCAGAGAGAAAGAUUCAGAAACCAGAAGACUUUAUGGAUGAUGAGGAUGUAGGUGAAUUUGGCAUAGCUCCAAAGGUUCUCCGUUCAACAAGUGACUAUGCUGAUCACCUCAAUGCAAGAAAAAGAGAGAGGGUGGGCCCAGCAACUGGACCAAUUCCAGGAGAGCCAGUUUUAAAGCAGCUGCUACAGCCAGCAAGGGACACAAUUGGCAUUAAGCUUCUGAAACGUAUGGGAUGGAAGCCAGGCCAAGGUGUUGGUCCUCGUCUUACUAAGAAGGAGAAGAAGCAAAGUAGAAAAGAACAUUUGAAAAUGACAAAGAAGGUUUAUGGUUGUGCUCCUCCAGAAUCUACUGACGGUUAUAAUUCAAGUGGAAAUAGCAGUGAAUCCUCAGAUGAAGAAGACGAGAACAUUACAUUUGCCCCAGAUGACUAUGAACCUUUUUUGUGCAAACCCAAAGACAACUGCUUUGGCAUUGGAUACUCUGGUUUAGACAGAAGAUCAGUUUUGUCUAGCCAUAUCAACCUUUUCCAGCCAUCUUCACUUAUAAUGAAUGAAAAAAAUAAGAAGGUGUCAAUAUCUGGACAGGCAUUUGGUGUUGGAGCAUUAGAAGAGGAGGAUGAAGACAUAUAUGCACUGGAGGAUAUGUCUCAGUAUGACUUUAGUUUGGGAGGCAAUGACUCACUGAAGCUCCAAAAGAAGAAAGACUCAGUUAAAAGGGAUAAUAAUAAGGAAGACACUCUGGAUGGAUUUGUCUGUGCCACACACUCAGUUUCUUCGAGGAAAUUUUUCCCUCCUCCAGAGUUACCACCAAACUUUCAGCCAUUCCAUACAGUUCGCAAGACACGUUUCGAAUCUGCACCUGACGAAAGUCAAGAGAACAACUUUAGAAAAAUGGGUCUGCAAAGACACGCAUUGUCAUCUAAUGACAGGGCACAAAUUUUAAAUGACAAUAAUACCUGUAUGCAUAUGACAGCUUCAGAAGAAAGUGAAAUGGAUGAGAAUAAAAUGUUGGCCAAAGAAGCUGCAAAAAUUACUGAGAAACUCUCUGAAAACUCAGUUGCAACAAAGUUCUGUCCAUUUGCAGGACGUCCAGAUAAACAGAGCCGAUAUGAACAGUAUACUGCCCUGGUUAAAGCUGGAAGGAAAGCUGAUUUUGCAAAAUGCCAGCCACUGGAUAUGACAGAGUGGCAGCGGGAGCAAGAAGUGGCAGAAUUUGAGCGUGUAGCCAAACUGGAGGCAGCCAUGAAUGACCGAUUUGUCCCAGCCUCUGCUCCUGGUGCUGAUGUUUUGCAAGAAGAAAUCCCAGCAUGUGUAUCUGCUGCUAAGGCAAAGAUGUUUGGCAAGCUCACCAGAGAGCGCUCUGUCUGGAAACCAACGAGUUUGCUCUGCAAGCGCUUCAAUGUUCCUGAGCCACAGGCUGGUAUUAGCCAGCCGUCUGCAUCUCUAGUGAGAAAGAAAGGAGUGAGCAAAUUCUCAGUAUUUGAUUUCCUAGAUGCAGCAAAUCAUAAUAUCAAACUGACUGAGGCUCAAGUAACUGAUGAAGCUGAAACUGCCAAAACUUCAGCAGUGUCUCCUGUUCAGAAAAAAGGAACUGUUCCUCAAACACAAUCUACAACAUCAUCGACAGUUGCAGAUAAGGAUCUGACAGACCAGACAAAUGAUGAUCGGGUGAUGGACUUUGCUGAUCCACCCUCAAAAAUGGACCUGUACAAAGCUGUGUUCCUGAGCAGUAGUGAAGAUGAAUCAGCAUCUGAAGAUGAACGUACUAAUACAAAUAAGUCACCUAGUCAGUCUGCAAUUACUCAACACAUUAAAUUGGAGCCAGGCAUCACGAGAGCAGCUGAAGAAGUACCUGGUACUUCAUCAUUUGGAAGGUCAUCUUUUGCAGCAACAGAACCGUUGAAGCAGACACCAGCAAGCGCACUCAAUAUUUUGAGGAAUACAUCACCACCUCGAGGGAUUUUUUCCAAUCUAGACCUUGAUGCAAUUAAUACUCAAAUUAAAGAAGGAAUGCAGGGAAAGUCUUGUGAUUUUAAUCUUGGACUAAGCAGAACAGAUUCUGACCCAGUACGAUCCUCUGAAGACACUGUUAAUGCUGAUGCAAUAUCAGGAGCAAAAACAACCACAGGAGGUAGCAAACCUGCACAGGCACAAGUAGAUGAUAACAGUGCAGCCAUGGAAAGUGGAAUGUAUGGACCCUCUCUACCAAGUACACCUAUUCCCCAUGUAACUAAAAAUACAAAGCUAAUAUCAGAGUCUAAUCUGACAGAUGAACUGUCAUCUUUCAUUUGGGUUGAGAAGAAAAAUAAAACUUCACGCAGAGAGAAACAUAAGAAGGAACAUAAAAAAGCAUCAAAACAUAAGAAACAUAAAUCAAAAAAGCAUAAGAAAAGUAAACAUUAAUUUAAUGUAUAAUAGUAAAUGUGUACAUAUAUGUAAAGUAAAUGUCGUGUUGAUAUCGGCCUAUCAUUACCGUAUGAUGAUUUCCUGUUGCUCAAUAUUUUCAUCUUUCAUGGUACUGGUGUGUGUGUGUGUGUGUGUGUGUGUGUGUGUGUGUGUGUGUAGGGGGACACGUGUUGAUUACUUGUUUCAAACGUCAUUAGUUUGUGUACGUGCUGUCGUGGUACUAGACUAUAUUUGUAAAUUGUAAUAGUGUAGAUACUGCAGGCAGAAUUUGUAUGUUUCAGGGAAUGUAUUACUGGUCUCUCACCUGAAAUUAGUAAAAUUUCUAUCUGGAAAAAUAUUUUUAAAAAAAGUCAAUUAAAAUAAUCUUUUGGCUCUGUUUGACCACAUAUGUUUGAGUAAGAGUACAGUUAUGCGGCACAUAAAAUUUUCAUUUUUUUAAUGUGUCAAUUACAUAAUGAACAGCAAUCCUUAUGAUAGUCCUGUGGAUAGUUGUGACGUGUAUUAGUGGCAAGAAGUAAUAUGCAAACAAAUGUGUCAAGGUCAAUAAUAAAUACACAUUUCUAUUUCAAAA